UAUUUUGGAGUUUGGUAAAUGACUGCAGCAGGAAAAUAUAGUGUCGAAGCGCAAAGAGCUGGCACUGUUAUAUGAGAGAGAGAGUGCGUGUCUAUACGCGCCAGGCAGUGAUGUCCUCUUCUGCCAUGGAAGAGGGUCCAUAUCAGUCUGACACACGGGGCUGCAUGUUAUUAUGAAACUCUGAUCGACAGCGGGACUGAGUUAUUGCUAUUGUUGGGAUUUAACGCGCCCGGUGCGCCGGUGGGAGCGGAUGCGGAGAGCAGCAGCGGUUGCCGACGCGUCUCCAACUUGACCACUACCAGACAAUGGGAGCAGCUGAGCCGAGCUGCUGCAGCGCCAAGUACUACUACAACUGCUUGCCCCUGGGAGAUAAGUACGAGAAGAAGAAGGAGAACCAGAAACGAGAGGAGGGGGUAAAGAAGGAGAGGGAGAAGAGGAGACAGACGUGUUGUACCUGCAGCAGCAGCAGCCCCGGGACUCCCUCAGCAGCCGAUACGCACAGAUCCAGAACGACGCUCCGGUUGCCCCAGGGAUCCAUGUGAGACAGAACCUGCAGAUGUGAGAGAAAGCUCUCCUCUGUGUGCGGAUUUUAGGAAUAUAACACAUCCGUAUUUGUUUCGGCGCUCCAGGGGCAAGAGGACGCAGGUUUUUGCAGUCAACCAGCCAAUGAAGGAAUAUGUGUAAUUUCUCUGUGAACUGCGGCGGAGCGCACAGACCGGACCUCAGAGUCAUCGCCUCUAGUCGUGUCAAGCAUUAGCAGCCUUUAAGCGGCUGCUGGCCUCUGAGACCAAAGACCCCCUCCGCCCCUGCCCCAUCCCCUCCAUUGUUUGUUCCCGGGUGUCCCCCCUCGAACCAAGACCUAGAAGAGCUCCCCCCUCACGGUCCCUUCCUCCCUCUGCCUCUGUCCGAGGUGCUGAAAACAUUUUCGGCCUGGAUUCAGUGGAUUUUCUCUUACGUCGGCUCUUGAGAAGUAAGCGGACAGGCAUGCUUUUAUGGAGGGUGAAGUGAUGGCCAUCCCACGGCUCGGCAUUGGAGAGUACAGGAUCUGACACGGACCCUCACCCAUAGAAAAGCAGGACAUUCCGGGCUCACCUUGGAGGUCAUAAAACAUCAUCCCCGCCCUCCCCAGUCCCUGACACCAGACCUUCUUUUCAACAUUUUCUAAAGAGUGUCCAUCACCUUCACAACCCCCCUUCAAAAAAUGAGACUCGCAAAAAUGUGCCGACUGAACCCGCUGGGGAUCUAUUUGUGGGAAACGGUUUUAUUUAUCAGCUUAGCGGCAUCAAAAGAAGCUGCGGCAAGGAAAGCUGCCACUCCGAUGCCACCGUCUGAGUUUCUGGACAAGCUUAUGGGAAAGGUCUCAGGUUACGAUGCCAGAAUCCGACCGAAUUUUAAAGUGAUGAACAAAGACCCCAAAGGCUCCAAAAAUGAAGCUACUCACAAGAAAGGUCCACCUGUCAAUGUGACCUGCAACAUUUUUAUCAACAGUUUUGGCUCCAUUGCUGAAACAACAAUGGACUACAGAGUGAAUAUUUUCUUGAGGCAGCAGUGGAAUGACCCCAGGCUUGCUUACAGCGAGUACCCUGACGACUCACUGGAUCUUGACCCAUCCAUGUUGGACUCCAUCUGGAAACCUGACUUGUUCUUCGCCAAUGAGAAAGGGGCCAACUUUCACGAGGUCACUACUGACAACAAGCUCCUGCGCAUCUCUAAAAACGGCAACGUGCUCUACAGCAUAAGAAUAACUCUGAUCCUUGCCUGUCCGAUGGAUCUGAAGAACUUCCCCAUGGACGUCCAGACCUGCAUAAUGCAGCUGGAGAGCUUUGGCUACACUAUGAAUGACCUGAUCUUUGAGUGGGACGAGAAAGGAGCCGUGCAAGUGGCAGACGGCCUGACGUUACCUCAGUUUAUACUUAAGGAAGAGAAGGAUCUGCGCUAUUGCACCAAGCACUACAACACAGGUAAAUUCACCUGCAUCGAGGCUCGUUUCCACCUGGAGCGUCAGAUGGGCUACUACCUGAUCCAGAUGUACAUCCCAUCCCUGCUCAUCGUUAUCCUGUCCUGGGUUUCCUUUUGGAUCAACAUGGAUGCAGCGCCUGCCCGUGUUGGUCUGGGAAUCACCACCGUGCUGACCAUGACCACCCAGAGCUCUGGCUCCAGAGCCUCCCUGCCCAAGGUGUCCUAUGUGAAAGCCAUUGAUAUCUGGAUGGCAGUCUGUCUGCUGUUUGUCUUUUCGGCCUUGUUGGAAUAUGCCGCCGUGAACUUUAUCGCCCGCCAACACAAGGAGCUGCUGCGCUUCAGACGGAGGCAACGACACAUGAAGGAGGAGGACCCGGGCGAUGGGCGUUUCAGCUUCCCCGGGUAUGGCAUGGGUCCUGCCUGCCUACAGGCCAAGGAUGGCAUGGCCAUCAAGGGCAACAACAACAACGCUCCGACCUCGGCAGCGCCCGAGAAAAGCAUCGAGGAGAUGAAGAAGCUGUUCAUCAGCCGGGCCAAGCGCAUUGACACGGUGUCCCGCGUGGCCUUCCCGCUCGUCUUCCUCAUUUUUAACAUUUUCUACUGGAUCACUUACAAGAUCAUCCGCAGUGAGGACAUCCAUAAGCAGUAGUUCAAUAGAGGAAAAGGGCGACAGUGACAUGAAGCAAAGGAAGCAGCAAAGCAAGUUAAAAAUAUGAGACAAAAGUGACUUCAAGGCAGAUUAUAUUGCCCUCCUUUUCCAUCCGUAUCUCUUGUCCUCUCCUUUACUCUCCUUCACUUUGGUCGAGGAUUUGCUGCUUUUUGCAGCCCCCUCAAAAUCCAACCUGACCAAAUCAUUUAAAGAUGCUUUUUCCUCUUUAUCCCUGCUCCUGAAUCCUAGACCCUUUUCCUUUAUCUUCAAUGUCCCUUAACAGUCCGGACCAGUGCAAUAGCAAUGCAGUAAAAUGCAUGAUAUAUGAAUGUGGCAAUAUGUCGAAGAAGAAACUUUAAAAUCUAAACAAACUUUUCAAGGAACACAGAGGAAAUGAUUUGGGAGUGAAACGACUGGAACAAAAGGAGACAAAAGACCUUGUAUUUAAUUUUAGCUUUUUUUUUUUUGUGAAGACAAAUAUAUAACUCUUUGUGGAAAUAUGAUGUAGAGAUGGGGUAGCAAAGGUGAAAGUGGCAUACAGCAGUGUAAUAUAAUUAUUUACCGGAAUCGGAAAAGUUAUGGACCAUGCCUCUAAGGGUGGACAGCUGGAACAAAGGAUGUUUCAUCCCCCCAAAAAAUAAAAGAAAGAUGGCGGUUCAGUGCUUCCACUAAAUUAAUUGAUGCAAGGAUCAUGCAUUCUAUAUAUAUAUAGAUUUGCUUCAAAUAUGUAUUGCAAGCACUUGUCGAAGCUUUCCCUCCCUCCUGUCCUGCUGCCAAUGCCACAAAAGCUAUACAGAAACUUGAAGUUUGUCGCUGCUGGACUAUAAAGAAAAAAAAAUGAAGAAACUAAAAACAUAAUUGACACCCAGAGCUGAUUAAUACUUGUGAUAAACAUCUAUCAUUUCCUAAUUACUUUCAGUCUGCAUAUUUGUGUUAUUUGUUUGUUGUUGUUUUUUAUUUAUUUAUUAUUAUCGAUAUUAUUGAUAUACGUGCCAACUAAACUUGUCCCUUGUU